GGCAAAACUGGGGCGAGGCGAGGGGUGCUGGCAGGCGGAGAGGCUACAUGGGCCGCGGCGAAUAUUGUGUUCAAGUUGCAAACGUUCAUAGGCGGCCAAGCAGUGCCAAGUUCAAGAUGGGGUCCCAGGUCUCGGUGGACACGGGAGCUGUGCACGUGGUGAUCGUGGGCGGAGGCUUUGGAGGGAUAGCGGCCGCCAGCCAGCUGCAAGCGCUGAAUAUCCCCUUCAUGCUGGUGGACAUGAAGGAUUCCUUCCACCACAAUGUGGCAGCCCUCCGGGCCUCUGUGGAAAGUGGGUUUGCCAAAAAGACAUUCAUUUCUUACUCAGUGACCUUCAAGGACAACUUCCGCCAGGGCAAAGUGGUUGGCAUAGACCUGAAGAACCGUACAGUGUUGCUCCAGGGCGGUGAGGCCUUGCCCUUCUCACAUCUCAUCCUGGCCACAGGCAGCACUGGGCCCUUCCCUGGCAAGUUUAACGAGGUGUCCUGCCAGCAGGCAGCCAUCCAGGCCUACGAGGACAUGGUGAAGCAGAUCCAGCGCUCGCAGUUCAUCGUGGUGGUGGGAGGUGGCUCCGCAGGAGUGGAGAUGGCGGCAGAGAUAAAAACUGAGUACCCCGAGAAGGAGGUCACUCUCAUCCACUCCAGAGUGCCCUUGGCGGACAAGGAGCUCCUCCCUUGUGUGCGGCAGGAAGUCAAGGAGAUCCUUCUCCGGAAGGGUGUGCAGCUGCUGUUGAGUGAGCGGGUGUGCAACCUGGAGGACCUGCCUCUCAAUGAGCACCGGGAGUACAUCAAGGUGCAGACAGACAAGGGCACAGAGGUGGCCACCAACCUGGUGAUUGUGUGCAACGGGAUCAAGAUUAACAGCUCUGCCUACCAAAGUGCAUUCGCAGAGACUAGACUGGCCAGCAAUGGUGCUCUGAAAGUGAACGAGUUCCUCCAGGUGGAAGGUUACAGCAAUAUUUAUGCCAUUGGUGACUGUGCCGAUGUUAAGGAGCCCAAGAUGGCCUACCAUGCUGGCCUGCAUGCCAACGUUGUCGUGGCCAACAUUGUCAACUCCAUGAAGCAGAGACCCCUCAAGGCCUACAAGCCAGGUGCACUGACGUUCCUCCUGUCCAUGGGCAGAAACGAUGGCGUGGGCCAGAUCAGUGGCUUCUACGUAGGCCGCCUCAUGGUGCGGCUGGCCAAGAGCAGGGACCUCUUCAUCUCCACAAGCUGGAAAACCAUGAGGCAGUCUCCACCGUGACAGGGAGAGGCUGUGUGGGAGUCGAGUUGCACAGGCUGCAGCUGAGACUUGAGUCUCUCCCCCAGAGAAUGAUGAUCCAUUGGCAGUUUUGUGCCCAGCUCGACUGUUUGUGGAUACUAGAAAGCAGACUCGCCCUCUCUGAAGGUAAGACCAGCCACCCGCAGGAAGCCUGCCGUGAUGUUGGCUGACCUUAGAGAGCAUGCUGAGACUCUUCAGUGACCCGCCUUGUGCAGUUUCUUUACAACACUCUAGAAGA